GUCGUUUUCUUAUGACGCGUUGUGUGCUCCGUUCGGUGCUGCUGGUUACCGCCGGCCACGCGGCAAUCGCGUUCGGGGCGGGGGCGGCCGUGUCAGUCCGAGGCGAUGUGCGUGCGGACGGCCCUGCGGCCGCCCCAGCGCGGUUCACGCAGGACUUUGACCUCAGCUCGGACACGAGCAGCCUGGAGGUGCGGACAAAUGUGGAGCUGGAUGAUGACGCCACACAGGCGACCCUCAUUAUGGUGGACCCCGAUGCGGUGAGAAGGGAGGGAGCGCCAGGGAGGGAGAGAGGGCCAGACAGGGAGAGCUUCACAUUGCCACGUCGUCACUGCUGCAAUCCUUUGUGUUUCUUUCGCGUGUGCGUGAGUCAGCCUAACGGUUGUCAGGGCAAUGCCAAAGCCAAGAAGCAAAACAAGGUAAGGUCCUGCCUUCAACGCAGACAGCGGCACGUGCUCUGUGUGAUUGUGGCCGGCAGGACUACUUCCACUGGUGGGUGGCGAACCUAACAAAAGGAAAGUUCACACCCGAACAGGAGAAAGGUCAGCUCAUACCCACCAAAACACACUCGCUGACUUUCGGUCCGCUUCGUGUGUGGCUGUCCAGCUUGUGAGGGUACCGUCGUGGCACUGGGUCCGAGCAAGAGCUGGUCGGGCUGCGAAAUGCUGGAAUUCGUCCCGCCCUCACCGCCCAAGGGCAUGGUAACUAACACUCACUCAGGCAGCCGCCACGUACUAGAGGAAAAGGAGGAAUGGACCGUUGCCGUCUGUCUGUCUGUCUCUCACACUACACAGCACCGUUACCAGAUCUACAUAGUGAUGGGCGGCAAGAAGGCCGAGCUCCCUAAUGCCCCCGAGGGACGCGCACAGAAGAAGGUACGUGAUGUCACUGCUUAGCUUACUGACUGUUCUAAACGCCCACGUUGGCUUGUUUGUCGUUCAGAGCUUCUUCCAAGCCAUAACCAAGUCUGCCGGGGUCGAAAUGGCGCCACUGGCGACCUUUUUUGCGUGUGCUGACAGUUCUGAGCAGCUGUGCGAGACGGCAAUGAGUGAGCAGGAACUGCCCAAGGGAUGCGAGGUAGAGUCGGUACCUGGCAUCAAAUAGACGGACGGAUGGAUCUGUAGAAGACAAGCAAGUAUCUGGCUGGCUGCGUACCGACGGUAAUUUGUGCGCCUUUAAGUAUCC